CUACUCCAACGCAUACAUAAAUAACUGGAAUACAUCAUGACAUUUCUUGAGUGGAGACGCUUCAAUUUUUUCGACCUAAAGAAAGAGGUCGACGAAGGCAAGAUUGCAAAAGCACUUGGAGACGCUCAAGUUACGGCAGCCACGAGCGGCAACGGGAACUUAGUCUUUGGAGAUAAUAUAGGAAAUGUGCAUUUAGUUAAUGGAACUUAUGAUGUUACCACCUUUCGAGCAUACGAAAUUACCUUAACCUUAGCUCAGCAGGUUCAACAUUCCACUUUCUUGUUUACCAUUGGUGAAGAUGAACCUGGUUGUAAUCCUACUAUAAAAGUUUGGAAUAUUGCUAAGGCAGACAAACAAUUAAAUACAAUAUGUGUUCGUAUAAGUAGGGCUAUACCAAACUAUAGGGCAGUUCCUGCAACUGCCUUGUGCGUGCAUACUAGUUUGACUACAAUGGCUAUUGGGUUUGAAGAUGGCUCUAUAAUGUUUUAUAGGGGUGACCUGACCAGAGAAAGAAAGAACAAGAUAAAGGUGUUGAAAGAUACAACUCUUUCUAUCACUGGCCUUGCAAUAAGGUCUACAGACAAACAGGAUCAUUUGUUUGUCGCCACACCAAACAGUGUCUUCUUAUAUGAUGUUACUGUAAAGGAUAAGGAAUUCAAAUUUACUUUGGACACUAUGGGUUGUGAGAGGAAAUGCAGUGUUCUUGCAGAGUCUAUGCAAGAUAGUCACUUCAUGAUUGGUCGCGAUGAUGCAAUAUAUUGUUAUACACCUGACGGUAGAGGUCCUUGCUUUGCGGUAGAAGGUCAGAAAAUAAUGUUAGAAUGGUUCAGAAGUUACUUAGUAAUUAUAGCUAAGGAAGCUGCUAAUGUUCCAAGAACGACCACUACCAUCUCCGCAAAACCAAGCACAAUAGAACCAAUACCACCAGGAGUAGAUAAACAUGUAAUCACAGUACUGGACAUACAGAACAAGUUCAUAAUAUUUUCUGCAUCGAUGCUCUCUGUACAAGCUGUGUUAUCAGAAUGGGGUGGGAUUUUUAUACUUAGUGGAGACAGCAAACUUUAUCACUUGGAUGAAAAAGACUUGCAGUCUAAAUUAGCCUUACUCAUAAAAAAAAAUUUGUACGACGUAUCUAUAAGGAUAGCCAAAAAUCAUCAGUAUGAUGCUAAUGGCCUUGCCGAUAUAUUCCGGCAAUUCGGGGACCAUUUGAAUUCAAAAGGAGAUCGCAUUGGUGCAAUAGAGCAAUACAUAAAAACGAUUGGAAAAUUAGAACCUUCUUAUGUGAUCCGAAAAUACCUGGACUCUCAGCAUAUCGAUAAUUUAACAACUUACUUACAAGCUUUGCAUAAAAACGGUCAGGCAACAGGGGAUCAUACCACAUUGUUGCUCAACUGUUACACAAAACUAAAUCAUACGGAUAAAUUGAAAGAGUUCAUCAUGACAAAAGAUAGGGAGGUCGAUUUUGAUGUUGACAUUGCGAUAAAAGUCUGUCGUCAAGCAUCACCCGAAGACGCUUUGCUUCUCGCUCAGAAGCAUGGUCGGCACGAGUGGUAUCUUCGUAUUCAAAUUGAAGACAAACAUGAAUACAAAAAAGCAUUAGAGUAUAUGGCAACGUUGGAGUUCGAAGAAGCAGAGCCUAACAUGAAGAAGUACGGCAAGAUUCUUAUAGAAAAUGUGCCAGAUGAGUCUACGCAAUUUCUGAAAGCAUUGUGUACCAAUUAUAGGCCCUCCAAUAAACCUCUCGUGGAUCAGGAAACUUUAGACGGUAACAUGGCAUAUCAAGAUAUCGAUAAAGCGAAGCCUGAGGAUUAUAUUCACCUGUUUCUCAAUCAUUCAGAGCGGCUGGUAGAGUUCUUAGAGCAUCUUGUGAAAACAUAUACCAAGUGUAGUACUUUGGUAUAUAACACUUUAGUGGAACACUACCUCCACGUGUGGUCAGCGUUAGACAAUGAUGUCGCCAAAGUGCAAUAUGAACAGAAGAUUGUUCGGCUUCUGCAAAACUCAGAGGCGUGUUACGAUAAAGAUCAGAUUUUAAUUUUGUGCCAUCAACACAAUUUCAGACGCGGUCUACUGUUCCUUUAUGAAGAAAGUAAACUAUAUCAGGAAAUAUUACGGUUUCAUUUACGGGAAGGAGACAGUGAACAAGUUCUAGCUACUUGCAAACGAUUUGGCCAUCAGGAUCCAAAUCUAUGGGUCCAAGCACUAUGGAGUGUAGCCAGGAACAAAGAAGCUCCUCCUAAGCUUCUCGCAGAUAUCCUAGCUUAUAUAGCACAAGAAAGACUUUUACCUCCGCUAAUGGUUGUUGAUGCGAUUUCAACCUCACUCUCCUGUACCUUGGGGGAUGUCAGGAUUUACUUGAAUAGUGUACUGCGAACGGAACGCGAACAAACACAAGCAGGCAUAGAAUUAACUGAAAAGUAUCGAGCAGAUACUCUAAAAAUACGAGAACAAAUAGAAUCCAUUAAGAACAGCACGAUCAUCUUCCAAGCAUCGCGUUGCAGCGCGUGCCAUCAUCAGUUGGAGCUACCAUCGGUACAUUUCAUGUGUCAACAUUCUUACCAUCAACACUGUUUCGAAAGUUUCUCCGAGAACGAGAAUGAAUGUCCAGCCUGUUUACCGAAUAACAAAAUGUUGUUGGACAUCAUAAAAGCACAGGAACAGUCACGAGAUCUCCACGAGACGUUUCACAGUUUGCUUGAUCGAGCAGAAGAUCCGUUCUCGUUAGUUGCCGAUUACUUUGGCCGAGGAGUGUUUAAAAAGUUAAUGGUGAUCACUGAUACAGAUAAAUCAUUAUCAACAGUCUCCACGAAAUUUGAGGAACCAAAGCCGAAUUAUGGACCGGGAGCGGAAGCGAGAAUUAGAUUGACUGAGGGAAAGAAUUCGAUCCUCGGAAAAACCGAGACUCGUCGUCCCGUUGACAAUGUUCCCGCAGCGGCAGAGGAUCGCUUGCGAUCUUUCCCGAAAUCAGACGUAUAUUCCUCAUCGUUAGAAGCGAAUAUCUCUGGUACCGGAAGCGGUGUGUCAACUCCCCGCGGAAACUCGAAAAAAGCUUCACCAGUGCCCAUGAGAUAUUUACCUAUGUUAAGUAAUACUCCGCCAAAAUCAUCGCCGGUACAGAAGUCUUUCGUACCACCAAAAACACCUAUCGUAUCGACCAAUCCGUUCGAAACAGAUAAUGACUCCGAUCAAUCGAAGAAUCCAUUCGCGGAUGACAUAGACGAUGACGAGGAGGAUUGUGUUAACACCGUUAAUGAUGAUAACGACGAUGAAGACCAUAAUAAGAAUUUAAAUCCUUUUUGUAGAUAA